AUGGAUCGGUACCAUCGGGUGGAGAAGCCGCGGCCCGAGGCCGCCGCCAUCAGCGAGAACGAGAUCCGCAUCACCAUUCAGGGCCUCAUCCGCAACUACGUCACCUACGCCACCUCCCUCGUCCAGGAAAAACGGGUGAAAGAAAUUGUGUUGAAGGCUAUGGGACAGGCUAUAAGCAAGACAGUGGCUAUUGCUGAGAUCAUAAAGAAGAGGAUUCCUGGUUUGCAUCAAGAUACAAUAAUCAGUUCUGUCAGUAUUACUGAUGUAUGGGAGCCCAUUGAGGAAGGCCUUGUACCAUUGGAGACGACGCGUCAUGUUUCAAUGAUAUCAAUUUCCUUGUCACCUAAGGAGCUUAACAAGAAUUCACCUGGGUAUCAAGCUCCUCUGCAUUUAGAUCUUAAGCCACAAAGAUACCAGCAACCUCAGCAAUAUCAACAGCACCAGCCAAGACAAAAUCCUGUUCAAACAGAUUCAUAUGGACGUGGCCAAGGUAGAGGCAGGGGGCGAGGAAGGGGCUGGGGUAGCAGGGGUGGGUAUGGUGGAGGCUAUGGUGGAUACGAAUAUGAUAACCAAGGAGGUUAUGGUGGGUAUGGACACCAAGGUGGAUAUGGACAUCAAGGUGGAUAUGGAACCAAGGGAGGAUAUGGCCACAACCAAGGUGGUUAUGGUGGUUAUGGUUACAACCAAGGUGGAUAUGGAGGCUAUGAAAAUGGAGGUUGGAACUACAACCGGAACAGAGGAGGUGGUGGUGGCCGAGGACGAGGCAACUGGGGCUAUGGUGUGAAAGCCUUGAACAAACUUGUGGCACUAUUACAGGUCCUGGAUAUGACCGAGGUGGCAGAGGUGCAGGUGGCCCUGGCGGCAGGGGCUAUGUGCGAGGCCGUGGACGAAUGGGUGGCGGCCGCGGGCGGGGCAACCAAAACUACUAGAUCAAGGGUUGGAUUUGCCAACCCGCUCAUGCGGUUCUGUAUGGCAUUGGAAAAGAACCAAAAAAAAAAAAAAGGUAAGGACAUUUUCCAUGGCCGUAGUGCUGUUUCUUAG